UGGCCCUAGUGUUUAUCGUGGUUGAUGAUCGAUCCGAAAGUGACAAAGGAAUGUUGUUGUAUUAUGUCAGAGGAGAAGUGUACAGUGGUACACAUGCCGCAUCAUGCGCAACAAAAAUUAUGUCAAAGUAGACCACUUUACAGACAAGGAAGAAAAUUAACAGCAGUUAAGGUUUACACAAUUAAUGAUGAAUCACAGCAUUUGUUAAUACAUGGAGUACCACAACUGCAAUUAGCACAAGAGGUGAGAAAACUCAUUUAUCCCUAUGGAAAUGUGAAAGCAAUUCAGUUGGUAACUGAAUAUCCUUCAGAAGAAUUUACAGAGACGUAUCAUGUAAAUUAUACACAUAUUCAGAGUGCAAGAGUUGCAAAGCGUUUAAUUGAUAAUAAAAAUUUCUUCGGUGGAUUUCUGCAUGUUUGUUAUGCUCCUGAAUUAGAAACUCUAGAGGAGACAAAAUCAAAACUUACACAACGCCAUAAGGAUGUAGCAACACAGAUAAAAAGAAUUCAACAGGAGUUGAUGAAUCCAGGAGUAGAUAAAUUUGUUCCAAGAGAACAGUAUCAUAGAAAAAAGAAAACUCCUACUUUGCCCCUCACCGAAGAACGGAUUAAACAUUUCUAUCCUGGAGAAUCGUUGUCUUCUAUUUGUAAUGGGAUACUUCCAACAACUCUACGACCUGUGUCUGAAUCUGAUUUAUCAAUAAAUUGGAAGAGUGGUUGUAAUAGUGGCACCGUGUCGUGUUCAGAAUCGUAUCCGGUGCCGUAUCAAUUGACUGAGGCAAUAAUGCAGACAGGGAGUCAACAAGCAAAUAAAAAUCUAGAUUCAAACGUGCGAAAACAGAAAAAUUACAGAGCACGCUGUAUUGAUAAAGUUAAAGUUGUUCGACCACGAUUGAUAGAUACUAGAAAUAUCGCGCGAUUAAAUUUCACCGAGAAAACAAAUGUAUUCUGUAAUGCAAAGAAAGUGGAAAAUAAAAUCACAAUCAAGUUAUUGGAAAAGCCUAAUAAUGAAAAAAAGAAGAUAGUCAUAAAAAAUCCAAGUGUAAUAUCUUUGAUACAAUCCAGCAAAGAUCUUCAGUCUUCGAUUCAAAUGGUAAAAACUCAAAUUCGUACGAUAAUGCAGAAACAUGAUACUUAAAUAAAUACUGAUAUU